AGUGAUAUUGUGCCCGUCUGAGGGGCGGUACUUAGAGACAGGCUGAUUCAGCGGUCCCCAAAUUCCUCAUACGUUUUGUAUGGUAAACGCCGUCAAUUUGGAACACCCGUCUCAUAACGCGCCAAUAAUUGCUAGCCCCUGAGACUAUAGGAUGCUCUCAACAGCGGUCUCCUAGACAGUUCUUCAAUCAAUUAUCCCAUCUGGUUCACCCAUUACUGUGGCGUACGGGUAUCCUAUUACUCGAUAGGUUACGUUCCGCAAGUCGUCCCGCGCAAGAUGAAAAACUUCUAUUUUAGAGUUUAGGGUCGUUCUCCUUCGGUUCGAUACUGAUACGACAUACAUGGACUUAACCGGCGAAGUGUCGGCUUCCUCGGAACUGAAGCUUCGGUCUCUAUUCUCCUGGGCUGAUAAAUCCUGAACACCUAGCUCAGUUAUAUCACCACUUGUUUCAAGCAUCAUCUCACGCACCUGACCCAGCGCAAAUAAAGGGAACUAUGUCUUACGCCAUGCCUUCCAAGACUUCCGGGCCCAUUAACAUCUCCUCGGUUGCCGCUGAACGUCUCACCCAAGUCGGGAAUCAUCUAACCACAACUACCCGGGAGGGAAAAGAGGCCAUGGAUGUAUAUAUCCUGAGUGCCGCUAGGACGCCGACUACUCGAUUCGGCGGUGCAUUCGCCAAUGUGCCAGCUCCCCAACUAGGAGCAUAUGCAAUCAGAGAAGCACUCAUAAAAUCCAAGUUGCCUUUGACGAAGAUCACCGAUGUCUACAUGGGCAACGUCCUGCAAGCAUCUGUUGGCCAGUCACCCGCACGUCAAGCUGCAAUACUUGCUGGACUCCCGGUAACGGCCGACGCCGUCACCAUCAACAAAGUUUGUGCAUCUGGCCUUAAAGCGGUCGUGAUGGCAGCCCAAAAUAUCCAGCUAGGAUUAUCCAAGGCCCAGGUUGCUGGGGGAAUGGAAAGCAUGUCCUCUGUUCCAUACUACCUUCCCAGAACACCACGCUUCCAUCCACCCAGAAAUAUUAACUUAGAGGAUGGCCUAAUCAAGGACGGUCUUUGGGACGUGUACAACCAAAUCCACAUGGGAAACUGUGCGGAGAACACGGCGAAGAAGCUCGAUCUCUCUCGAGAGGCACAGGAUGACUAUGCCAUCCAUAGCUUUCUACGAGCGCAGAAGGCAUGGGCUGAAGGGAAAUUCAAGGAUGAAGUUGUUCCAAUCACUGUGAAAGGAAGAAAUGGGGAGGUUGUAGUCUGCGAGGAUGAAGGGUUUGACAGGCUUAAGGUGGAUAAGGUGGCCAACUUGAAGCCGGCAUUUACCGAGGAAAAUGCUGGGACUGUGACAGCAGCGAACUCUUCACCUCUCAACGACGGCGCGAGCGCGUUGGUUUUGGUCAACAAGGCUAUUGCACAAGAGUACGGUUGCCAUAGCCGAGUUUUAUCAAAGAUUCUUUCCACAGCAGAUGCUGCGGUUGAUCCUAUUGAUUUUCCCAUUGCCCCAGCUAAGGCCGUGCCGAUCGCUUUAGAGCGUGCAGGAAUAAGGAAGGAGGAUGUCGCAGUGUGGGAGUUCAAUGAGGCAUUUGCAGCGGUCAUCAAGGCCAACGAAAAGAUCCUCGGUCUUGAAAACGCAAACGUGAAUCCGCUAGGGGGAGCCAUCUCUUUGGGCCACGCUCUCGGCAGCUCGGGAUCCAGGAUUCUCACCACUCUGUUGCAUCAGCUUAAGAUAGGGGAGUACGGCGUCGCGGCGAUUUGUAACGGCGGUGGUGCAGCAACUGUCGUUGUGGUUCAAAGAGUUAAGAGUGUAGAUUGAGAUAGAAUGGGCAAUCAAGGAGGACUAUGCAGCCGAUCUCUUUGCGAACAAUACCUUGCCCUCAUUUUGAAUGCACAAUUAGUCUUUGACAGUCAGUGAGACAAAUUUACGAAACUGAUUCGAAGAUGAGAGAUGAUCGAGUCACUUGGAAUGCCCAUGUUAUGACUUAUGGUACGGGAGAGACCCACCUGUCAACCGGGUCACUAGAGAGUAGUGGAGGCAGUAGAGGGGCAGUUGCAUAGGACUCACACAAGUCUGGAAAGGGGAGAAACUAGAUGCCGUAUACGCCUUUUAACCUCACUCUUCAAGACAACACUAUUGCGGGGUAUUCAAU